CUACUUGAUAAUCCAAACUCAGUCGAAGUGAAAAAGAUCAGAUAUGCAGGAUGAAUAAAUUGAAUUAUAUUUCCAACUUAACCUCUAUCCCACUCCCCAUAUUCAAAACAUCCAAUCAUUCACCAAACCCUCCUCUGAAGAAACACCCCCAAAAGAAUCAACCCCUUGUUCUACAUCUAGAAGAACUUCUUGUACUUCGCAAUAGCGUCAUUGAAGGCAACAUCGAUAGGGGCAGUGAUGCUCUCAGCGAUAGCACGGAACUCCUCUGGCAGCUUAGUGAUAACAGCCUUGCUGAACUUAUCAGUCGCCGCCUUCUGCUGCUUGAGGUUGAUGAGGAUAAUCGGGCUGAUAACCAGGAGACGGUCGAACCGGGGCUUGGUUCUGAGGAUAGUCUGGAGGGAGGACUGGACGCUCGUGACGAGAUCGGCGGUGGCGCUGGCGACCUGGAUGGUCUCAUCGAAGGUGAGCUCGACAGAGGCACCGGCGGCCUUGGUGCCCUGAUUGAUGUCGUGGAGGAGGGUGGUGCUCUGGAUCAGGAUGGGGAUCGACUCGCCGAGUCCGAUCAGGCCGCCGUGGAACUUGGCGAUCGUGGCGUUGAGCUUGGAGGUGUCGCCGGAGAUCUUGGCCAUGGCGGCGAGGAUGGAGGCGCUGUCAGCGACGACGGUGGUGGCCAGAAGGGCGAUGGGGAGGAUGGAGAAACGCAUGUUGACGGUUGUGGUUGGGGGUUGAGGGUAGAAGUGAAGGUGGUUUGUUUGGAUGGAUUGGCUUGUUGGUUUCUUACGGGAGGAGGAGGCAAAAGGAAGGGGGUGAUGGGUGGGAGACGAAUUAAUUAUAUACUCUCCUAUUACUCCAUAUUUGCACAUGGGAUCCUUCCCCUUUUCUCCCCUCCCGCCGCUGCCGACGGAGUCCGUGAACCUAGUUCCUCUGGGGUUGAAGGUGGGAAAGUCGAUCAUCAUCGUAUGUGGGGAGGGCGCAAUCGCAUAAUUGCGGAAAGUGGAAGAUCCAGGGUUUAGAAGUAGGGACGGCGGGCUACUAUGCUUGCAACGUCGUAGUUUGGGGAAACACGACAAGCCAUCGGCAGGGAUGAAGGUGUAAGCAAGACAUAAAAGCGCUUAGCGUUUGCGGGGAGGGCGAAGGAGCAAGGGUGAGAUGCGAUCAACAGGGUUUUGGCAGGUACAGAGUUGAGUUGGGAAGGUUAGACGGGAAG